CUUCUCUCGCCGCCGCCCCAAUGGCGGUGGACAAAUCCGGCGGCGGCGGAGGCGGAGGCGGCGCCUCUUCCUCCUCGUCGGGCGUCGCCGCCUCCACCAUGGACCGCUUCCACAAGAUCGUCCUCAGCUGGGACUACGUCCGCCUCGUCGCGGACUCCAAGGGCGGGCAGCAGCAGGCGAAGGGGCUGGGGCGCGUGAAGAACACGUACGCCUCGGUGGCCGAGUACCUCGCUGUGUUCGAGCCGCUGCUGUUCGAGGAGGUGAAGGCGCAGAUCGUCCAGGGGCGCAGCGACGAGGAGGAAGAGGCUGGGCAGGACUGGCAGAAGGGGAUUGUGGCGUCGUGCACCGAGUCGGAGGGGUUCCACAAGGUGUCCAUGGCCGUGCUUGAUGAUUUCCGGGAGAUGGUGUCGGAGAACGAUCUCCUGCUGCUGUCCAAAGAGAAAUUUGAAGAGGGAGUGACCCCCAGUGCAUAUGCCUUUGCCUUAGUGGAACAGCGGGGUGGCAGAGAAACGAUUUCUCUAAGGACAUUUGUGGCAGGUGAAAUAAAAAAUCUUAAUGUAGCAAAGCCUGUGAGCUGUUCUAGGCUGCAGCGUAUUGCUUCCAUUUUUUCAACUACAGAGAGCUUCCUCUGGAUUUUAAAGAUUUGCAGCUUGUCUACCAUAAUGCGAGAAUUCUCGGGCAUGCACUCUGUAGCAUCACUUCCUUUUAAGGAUCUGAUUCUUUCAGCUAGUGAGAAGAACAGUGGUGGGAAUGAUCAAAACCGUGCUUGGAAUGUCCCUGAGCCACUUAUGGAUUAUCUUAAAACAAACCUUAAUGAUUCACAACUAGAUGCAGUCAACGCAGGUCUUUCUCGCAGAUCCUUUGUUCUUAUCCAGGAACAGGAAAAACACAAACUAUCCUUGGAC